GACCGCGCUGAAAAAGAUUGUUGACAUGUUUCAUUUUCAACCAAAAUGUAUUGACAACAAGUCGUAAACGGCGACAAAAAACUAAAUUAAUUUAACUAAAACAUCGCAGUGAUACUGUUCAACAUCCGCCCAUAACACGAAAAAUGUCCGCUAGCAAAUUAGACGCAGUGUACAGGAGUAUAUUGUUAACAAAGUUUUUUACGAAAGGAUGGGGGAAGCCGGAGAAUUUAAGAAGGUUAUUCGAGUUCCGAAAAGUAGUGUCGAACCGCGAAGAAUGUUUCAAAUUAGUUGACCGAGACUAUCCUGUCACUAUAACCAAGGAGCAAAAUCUCAAUGACUGCAGACUGCUGGAAGGUUACUUCACAUCCCCCCUGGAGAAGCACCUGCCAGGCAUAGUGCCAGAGAUUGCACAGAAAGCACAUUUCCAAGCAAUACUCCCGAUCAACUGGCCUGAUCCAAGAUGCAAGCCUGUCUGUCUUCAUUUAGCUGGAACUGGGGAUCAUUUUUUUUGGCGACGGCGCAAUUUAAUGGUGAAACCGUUGCUAAAGGAGGCCGGGAUAGGCGGGAUCAUACUCGAGAACCCUUUUUACGGACUAAGGAAGCCUACGGACCAAAUUCGUUCAGCAUUGCACAACGUAUCCGACAUAUUCGUGAUGGGCGGAUGCUUGAUACUGGAGUCGCUGGUGCUGUUUCACUGGUGCGAGCGGAACGGACUCGGCCCGCUCGGCGUCACAGGACUGUCUAUGGGCGGACACAUGGCGUCGUUGGCAGCCACGAAUUGGCCUAAACCCCUAGUGCUAGUUCCUUGUUUGUCAUGGUCAACAGCGUCUGCGGUGUUUUUACAGGGUGUCAUGUCGCACUCAAUCAACUGGGAUUUACUAGAAGACCAAUACCUCUCCGACGGCGAGUACAGAGAGAAACUAUCUAAAAUGGUGACCAUAGUGGACGAAGCGUUCCUCGCCGGAAAGAAAUUUGCACGAAGUUACACGGAGAAUAUAGAAAACGCACAAACAAAGCCUGUUAAAAUAGAUAACAAAUUAGAUAUAACGUAUAAAGAGAAUGGAACGAAUGAAGCAAACUUAGUGGAUGUGAAUAAGAACAUUCUAGAAGAAACGAAAGUGCCUAAAGUAGAAAGGACGGAAUCUUUUACACAGACGGAGAAAUUGACGGAAGAAUUGAAGAAAUUGCUAGCAGAAGACAGAAUUAGCCAGGAGUUGUAUCAUAAAUUGUCGGCGAAUAAGAAGUUCGAGUUGGCUCCACGAGAGAUAGAGAAUAUAAACAAGUUGACUGAAGAUAGCAUUAAAGAUGUGCUCAUGCAGUGUAAAGUGGAUACUAAAGAAGAAUCAACGCAAAACAAAACUGAAACAACACACAACAAAAUAGAUCACACAUUAAUAAGAAACUCGAUAGACGAAAAAACGUUAACGGCUAGUAUACCAGUAGAAAAAAAUGAGAAAAAAGAAAACACUGAAGUGGCCAUAGCUAAAACCAAAGACAAGUCGUGGAGUAUAACGGAAAUAACGUCGGAUUUCUGGAUGAAUUUACCGUUCGUGAAGUCGAGUGGGAAGAAGAUAGACAUAAGCAAGAUACAUUGGAGGGACAGAGAGGCAUUGCAGUUCAUGAGAGGGAUUAUGGACGAGUGCACGCAUUUGAGUAACUUCUCGAUACCUUUCGACACUUCGUUGAUCAUCGCGGUAUGCGCGAAGCACGACGCGUACGUGCCGCGCGAGGACGUCGGCACGCUGGAGGAGAUCUGGCCCGGCGCCGAGGUGCGCUACGUGGACGCGGGACACGUCUCCGCGUACAUACUGCACCAGUCCCUGUUCAGAUCUUGCAUAAUAGAAGCAUUCGAACGAUCGAAGAAGAAGUGGAAAGAUGGCAAACACAUCGAGUCGUAACUUCUUCGCAACACUUCUGUGCAAUAUCCAGUUCUUCCAUUGCUCAGUAUUUAACUUAAUAUAAGUUGUGAGUUUGCACAAAUGUUUCAAAGGGCUACCUCCACGUGUAUGUUGCACAUUCUUUCUAUUUUUAGAAAGAAAUGGAGAGAUAGACUUUUCAGUACCUUUUUCGGUACCUGGACAUCGAAAAACCUUUUUCCAAGCCUUAGGUUUGAUUUAAACGGCAUACUAUUUUUCAGUCUUACUUAUAAACUUGUUUUAGCGUUAAGAGGUGGUUAAGAAUUGCUUAAAUAGCUGUCAAAAACAUAACCGGUUCCUAGUUUAAUAUGGUUUUGACUUACUUUGAUCGAGUAAAUUUGUGUUUUAACUAGGCAUAACUUUGCCAAUAUUUUAUAAGUAAGACUGUAUUAUGUGGUAAAACUUUGGACAAAAUGUUUUUAUGAAUUAUACCAUCACUUGAGCCUACAUUAAGGUACAGGUUUUGAACUCCGGUGCCAAAAUAUAUAACAGUUACAUUUUGAAAAAUUGCCCCGAGGAGCAUCGAAUUGCUUUCCCAUUUUACGACGUAUUUCUCGCGCCAUAGAAUCUGUUGUUACAUGGCAAUAUCGCAUCGAUAUUUCCUGAUGUAACUUAGUGGUUUAAAAUAGCUAUUUUAAGUUCAAAAAUCGACAUAAAUAGUUGGUUUUUGAGUGUAAAAUAUAGAGUGGAGGUGGCCCUUAUAUGAUUUGUUUAAGCUGGCUUGCACCUAAUAUAUAAUGAUUGUUCAAUCGUACAAAAUCAUCGUUCUGUUAUCGAAAAGUGAAAUCGGCCGAAGAUCGUGCAAGCCAACUCUAAAUUCUUAUGUUUGCGGUUCUCAUCGCGUCCAAUUGUCAGUUAUCCAUACGGAAUAUAUAGUUUUAUCUAGAAAAAUCCUUUGUCAAUUUUCGUUUAAUCAUUAAGAAACAUACCGAUAUUCGGAUAUUCUUUAUUUAUACCAUGUUACUUGUUUACAAAUGUUGCCAAAUUUUGAAAACGAGAUGUCGAUGACGGCCAGCGGCUCGAAAAUAUCGAUAACGUACAUAGUACAUCUCUAGUCAUAAUUUUAGGCCAAUUGGUGCCAUGCCAACUUUAGAUUUAAAUAUGGAAUUCCGUUAAUUGGAAAUAUGUUAAACGAAUUUCAAUCUAACUGCCAAAUCAUUAAACUUAUUUUUUAUUGGCAAGUUUGGUCGUAUCCUUUUUGAUAAGACCGUACAAUGCUGCCAAGACCUUAUAAAACCGAAGGGCUUAAAAAUUUUAGUGGCGAAUCAUAUCUCAAAAGAAAUAUUAAAAAACAAAUAUGGCUGGCGGUAUAUUGUCAAUCAACGCCGAGCUGGCUCGUGUAAAUCAGGCCUUAUCUAUGCUCAAAUAUACAUCGUAGCUGGAGCGAUAUCCAUGAUUGUUAAUACGAAUAGGUGCGACGCUUUAGAGUUGUUAAUCGUAGCUGACGUGUAUAUAAGAUUAUAUAUCUCUAUUGAGAUUGUAAAGAGUAAAUUGUAUUUUUAUAAAUAAAUGUUGUUUUUAUAUUAA